AUGUCGUUGCCAGACUCACAAUUCUCGCCCUUUAUGAUGGGCAGCACCACGGAUUUCCGUCAACUGAGUCAGAUUGGCACCUCGAUAUACGGUGACCGAUUCUCAACCACAACGGAGUCUCAAGACAGACUAAACAACCCUAACGAGACACACCCAGAAAUUGUGAACGUCGUUUCCACAUUCCAACUCAACCAACAACUUGACCUCCGUAAAAUCGUUCAAAAAGCGCGUAAUGCCGAGUACAACCCAAAGCGUUUUGCUGGCGCAAUAAUGAGAAUAUCAAGUCCAAAAUCAACAGCACUCAUUUUCCAAACUGGAAAGAUUGUGUGCACAGGAACUCGAUCGAUUGAGGAGAGCAAGAUUGCUGCAAAAAAGUACGCAAAAAUCAUAAAGAAAAUCGGGUACAAUGAGGUCCGUUUCUCAAACUUCAACGUUCAGAACAUCGUCGGGUCGUGCGACGUCAAAUUCCAAAUCUCGCUCCGUUCUUUGUAUGACAGCAACACCGAUAUGUGUCAGUACGAACCAGAGGUAUUCCCAGGUCUUGUUUUCAGAAUGACGCAACCAAAAGUAACACUUCUUGUCUUCUCAACCGGAAAGGUUGUGUUGACUGGUGCUAAGGACGACGAAAGUCUGAACACGGCAUACACCAAGAUAUACCCAAUCCUCUUGGCAAACAAGAAAGAGGAAAUAGGAAACCCAUAA